CAAACUGCGAUACGCACACACACGCCAUCCACGCAGCGACUGAAAGUAAGGAGGACUAGGCUUUAAGGAAUGAGGAGUUUUUCACCUUAUUCCACUGCCAGGCUGUCAUUUAAAACAUGUAAGAAUUUUAAAAAAGCUUUUAAAAAUGUCCCAAAUGGCCUCGGUGCGAAUAAUCUGUAUUUUUUAUCCACCGAACCGGAUGUAAUUUUUCAAGUUUCUUACUUUAAACGGGGCAGGAAGGCAUCAGGAAAACUUUCUGCGCGAGGACUUUCAUAGCCAGCGCUGCCUGGGAAAAGAGCGCGUGCUUGCGUACAUUUUCCAAACUGGGCUCCAGCAAAACGUCUUCUGUGGUCGUGCCCGGAGGGACUGCCUGGUCCGCUCAGGCUUUACGUGGAUAUUCUGUGGGUGGUAGCGUGAAUGCCCUGUGUUGGCAUUGAGGGAUGCCAGCAUGCCCUCGCUGAUUCUCUCCCAUCUGCUCCUCAUCUGGCUCGCGCUCCAGCGGCUGGCUCUGUGCGCCGAGCGCGCGUCCACUCGCGAGCGCUUCAAAGUGGUCAUCGCGCCACUCAUCUGCAAACGGACAUGCCUGAAGGGCCAGUGUCAGGACACCUGCGAACAGGGCAACAAUACUACGCUUAUCGGUGAAAACGGACAGUCGGCGGACACACUGACCGGGCCUGGCUUCAGAGUCGUGGUGUGUCCCCUCACCUGUAUGAAUGGAGGAGUGUGCAGUACCCGCACACACUGUCUCUGUCCACCAGGCUUCACCGGACGCCUCUGCCAAUACCCACUUCGGACUCAAGCUUCUCGAGGCAACAAGCAGCCUGUCUACACCCUGCAGAGUCUGCCAGAGCCAGGUGGCACAGGUGGGCGGCAGCAGAUGACACAAACACACUCUGUGUUCACUCUGCAAGGCACUGGACAUCACUCUUCUGAAGUGCAGGUCAAUGUCCGUGUUGUUCACACGCCAGACACUUCAGUUGUCAUUCAACCUCUUGACCAAUCAGACAACAAGCCUCACGGUGCUAAGACUGUGACCCGCCUUCCUCCACAGACACAUAAGCCCAAGGGGAGGUGCUUCCAGGAAACCACACCCAAACAGGCUUGUAGUAGUAACCCUCUCCCUGGUCUGACCAAUCAGGAAGACUGCUGUGGCAGUGUGGGUAAUUCCUGGGGCCAAAAUAAAUGUUACAAAUGCCCUUUACUACCUUAUGCUGGGAAACACCAAACUAUAGUAGAGGACUUUGGCUCCACGUGCCCUCAGGGAUACAAGAGACUCAACAGCACUCACUGCCAAGACAUAAAUGAAUGUAUGAUGCAGGGGCUGUGUCAGAAUGGAGAAUGUUUAAACACACAGGGAAGUUUCCGCUGCACCUGCAAACCUGGUUAUGUAUUGACAGAAAGGACACGCUGCAUAGCAACAGUUGAGCAGGGGCUCUGUUAUCGUAUGGUUACGGAAGCAGGGAAAUGUGAGCACGCUCUUCCAACACGCCUUUCCCAGGAGAUAUGCUGCUGCACUGUGGGUAAAGCGUGGGGAAGCAACUGUGAGAGAUGCCCACAGGAUGGGACAGCUUCCUUUAAUAAGAUCUGUCCAGCGGGGAAGGGGAUGUCUUUCCUGACCUAUCAUGGCACUCUGUCCAUUCAGCCCUUCCUGACCAGUAUUGAACACAUUAAUCCUGACACUGAGGUCAAGCCUCCGGAAGUCCCCAUUCAGACGACCACGCCCAUGCAGCUCUCACCAAUCAGCACGCAUGGCCCUCGCCACCCAGUCAUUGUGGCCAAGCCGACAACUCCUCCCAUAGUCCUGGUGCCUCGAGAGAGUGACUCACUAGAGGUGGCCCAGACGCAGGUCUCACCAAUGGAUGAGUGCAAGCUGAACAGGAAUAUAUGUGGUCAUGGAGAGUGUAUGAACACACAGAAUGGUUUCAUGUGCCACUGUUACCCUGGAUACCGACCACAUGCACAGAGAAAGAGUUGUGUUGAUGAAAAUGAAUGUGACAUGAAGCCAUGUGGUAGAGGCACCUGCAUUAACACAGUGGGGUCCUACAGAUGCAACUGUCAGCAUGGCUAUGAUCUUAUGAUGCAUAAUGGGAAACGCAAAUGUAUUGAUAUAAAUGAGUGCUCUGAGCCUGAUAUCUGUGGAGUUGGAGGACAUUGCACUAAUUUGCAAGGUUCCUAUAAGUGUGAGUGUCUGCAGGGCUUCCGGAGCAAAUCCCGCAGACAGCCUCUUUGUGAAGACAUUAAUGAAUGUGCGGACCCGAGUAUCUGUUCUAAUGAACAGUGUGAGAAUACUGUUGGAUCUUAUGAGUGUAUACCUUGCCAACCUGGAUACCAAGCACAGGGAGGAGUGUGUUACGAUGUCGAUGAGUGUCAGAAUCGUGGUGUGUGUCUGAACGGCCGUUGUGAGAACUUGGCAGGAUCGUAUCGAUGUCUGUGUAAUGAGGGCUUCCUGCCUGAGGCUGACAGCAAAGGCUGCAGAGACAUCAAUGAGUGUCAGGAUAACCGUCUGUGUGCUAACGGUCACUGCAUUAACACUGAGGGAUCAUUCCGCUGCCAGUGCUACCCUGGUUACCAGCCUACACAAGAGGGAAGCCACUGCGAAGAUAUUAAUGAGUGUGAGCGAACCUCCAAUUGUCAACGAGGACGUUGUAUCAACUCGAUGGGCUCUUACCGUUGUGAGUGCCAGAAAGGAUACAUGCUUGUCAGUGGCCGAAGGUGCCAGGACAUAGAUGAGUGUGCUGUGGAAAGGAGUCUGUGUCAGCCUCACGGCGUAUGUGAAAACAGACAGGGUGGAUAUGUGUGCGUGUGCAACGAUGGUUUCAUACUGUCUGAAGACAAACACAGCUGUGAGAAGGUUGAGAUGGAUGAUAAGAAGGAGUGCUACCUAAAUCUGGAUGACACUGUGUUCUGUGACAGUGUCCUGGCAACCAACGUUACUAAGCAGGAGUGCUGCUGCUCUAUCGGUGUGGGAUGGGGAGAUCACUGUGAGAUCUAUCCCUGUCCCGUCUACCACUCAGCGGAGUAUCACUCUCUAUGUCCAGUUGGCAGAGGAUUUUACCAUGAGGAAGGAAAGAUAGAAUAUGGAUUACCCUUGCACAGAGAUAUUGAUGAGUGUGUAUUGUUCUCUAAUGAGAUCUGUAAGGAGGGACGCUGUAUGAACACACAGCCUGGCUUUGAAUGCUACUGCCAACAGGGAUUUUACUAUGACAGCAAUCUACUGGAAUGUAUCGAUGUGGAUGAAUGUCAUGACGAGUCCCUGUGUACCAACGGUCAUUGUGUGAACACUCGAGGCUCAUUCUACUGCACCUGCAACCCACCCUGGCUCCCUGAUACUGUCAACAAGAAGUGUGUCUUUCCCACAGUUACAGGUGUGGAUGAAUGUCAGGACCCUGCUAAUUGCAAAAAUGGCCACUGUGUAAACACCCAAGAUUCCUAUUAUUGCAUCUGCACUCCUCCCUGGAUUCUGGCAACAGACCGUAACAGCUGUGUAACACCUGAGGAACAUGCGGUAACGGGUGUGUCUGUGGUGCACCUUUCAGAUGUGAAUGAGUGUGAGGAUCCCUCCUACUGUAGGAACGGGAGAUGUGUCAACACUCCCGGCUCCUUCCACUGCAUUUGCGAGCAGCCACUCACCUUCAGUGCAGCCCUCAAGCAAUGCGUCUAUGAUGACCGCACCGCAGCACAUAAGGACAUAUGCUUCCAGGAGGUCGAUGAGGAUCUUAUGUGCACUUUGCCGCGGAAUGAGCUAACGGUGACGUACUCCGAGUGCUGCUGUCACUACGGUCGAGGCUGGGGCCCAGAGUGCCGGACCUGUCCUAACAGAAAUUCAGUGCUUUUUAACAGGUUAUGUGAGAUGCAUUUAGAGACUGAGUCUGAUGGAGAGGGGGACUUCCUGGCAGCUUUCUCCUACAACCCAGAGGGAGACAGUUCAGAAGAAGACUCAGAUGAGUGUAGCUGUGCUAACGGACGGUGUGUACGGUCCUAUCUGGGUACGAUGUGCGAGUGCAAUACUGGAUUUGUACUGGACCACUCACGAACACGCUGUACAGAUAUCGAUGAGUGUGCGGGCCGAGGGACAAGGUCAAGCCCCUGCAAGAAUGCACGCUGUAUCAACACCAAUGGUUCAUUCAGAUGUCACUGUAAACAGGGAUUUGUAGCACGCCAACCUAACGUGUGUAUACGCGCUAGGGCUCAACACUUCCGCAGCACACACACUUUCUCUCAUGUACAUACAUGAAUAUGAUAUUCCACCACUAAUACAUUUACCCACAAAUACAACAAAGCAUUUCAUGUUUCACCUCCUCAUGUCCUGUUAAUCAUUUUCUUAUUUUGGGAAUUAAUCAUCAUUAACUUCUUAAAUAUUAAUAUGUUAUGUUGCUUUUAUUGUAUACUUUUAUUCAUGUCCCUCCUAAUCUGUUGGCACCCAUUUGAAAAUGUGUUUGUUGUUGUGUUGGAUGAGGGAUUGUCAUUGGAUGAAAUGUCUUUUAACUUAAGUGGACUCUUUUUUUCUUUCUUUUUUUAUUAUCUUGCUGCUCGGCACGUUUUGGCUAACUUUAUUAUCGCUCACCAUUUUGUUAAAUAUUGUGCCUUUUCUGUUUCUCUUAAUUUUUCUUUUUUUAAGGCUUAGCUUUGUAAGACUUAGGUUUUUUAAUUUUUUUUAUUGCUUUCCGCCCUCUUUCAAAUAGUUUGAUAUCAACGAUCAUUUGAUUUGUGAUAUUCCUUUGUAUUAAUGUCUGUUUGUUGUUCACCAUUGAUAGUGUUUUGUUCUAAUAAUUUGUGUUGUACAUUGUUUGUACAUUGUUUUCUUUAUUUGAUAAUGCAGCCAUUGUCAUCUUUCUUUGGCGCCACUGAGCUCAUUACGUGUUUAUAUGAAGUUAGUCAUUGACAGAUGGCAAUGAUGAUUUUGGUUUUCUAAACCAUUUAAAUUGUGCAAAAAUGUUCUACUGAAACAGAAUGAAAAAAGUUUAUGUUCUCAGUUUCUUAAAUACUUUUUGCUUCCUUUGAGACAGAACUGUGAAAAGUUAUUUUUCACAAAAAAAAAAAAAAAAAAACCCAGACUUAAUAAAUAACUACAGAAGCACAAUAUUAUAGCAGUAAGAAAGACGAUGUCUACCAAAGAAAUGAAGAUAAAUUAAUAAACCAAAAAAAAAAAAAAAAAGAGUCAAACUCUCAAUGCUGAGUGCUAGCCGAAUGUGAUUCUCUCUGUAUAUUUCAUCGUUUUAGUUCAUUAAUUAUGUUUGAGAUCCAGCAGGGUGCUUUGGUGAAUUUAUAAACAAUAAGGCUGAGAAAACUGGGGAUAAUUGUUGCACUAUGAAAAUACACGGGGAGAGAAGCCAUGCUUGUCAGCUUGGUUAUUUUCUAUAGACAUUAUUCCCAAGUGAACACAACAUAUUAGUCCACCUCUUAAACAUAUCAACCACUUGAUUCCAAAAACUGGUCUAAUUUUCCUUUGAGUAAUGACAGCUGCUUUGAAAAUUGAAAUCAUUCAUUUACAAACUAACAGCUGUAAUAUCAUCUGCACAGACAUAAGGGGGAAAGUCAAGUAUCAGCAUACCUGACACACUCUGAGGAAGGCUGAAGGCCGAAAUGCAUCAGUGUGCAGUGUUUUAGCUAUUUUUAAUGUUUCUAUUGUGAUUAGCCAUGAUGUGAAUAAAGGCAUUUUAACUUUUUUGGACCGGAAGAA